ACACACAAACGGGUAUAAGAAGAGCUGCCCCAAUGUGGAACGCCCAAUUCCCAAUGCCCUCCAAGUCCUCGUGGUGGUGUAGUGACUCGCCUCAAUCCGGGUGGCGGAGGACGAAUCUCAGUUGCCUCCGCGUCUGAGACCGUCAAUCCGCACAUCUUAUUACGUGACUCGUUGAGCGCGUUACCAUGGAGACGUAGCGCAUGUGGAGGCUUCAUGCUAUUCUCCGCGGCAUCCACGCACAACUCACCACACGCCCCACCGAGAGCAAGAACCACAUUAUAGCGACCACGAGGAGGUUACCCCAUGUGACUCUACCCUCCCUAGCAACCGGGCCAAUUUGGUUGCUAAGGAGACCUGACUGGAGUCACUCACCACACGCCCCACCGAGCGCGAGAACCACAUUAUAGCGACCACGAGGAGGUUACCCCAUGUGACUCUACCCUCCCUAGCAACCGGGCCAAUUUGGUUGCUAAGGAGACCUGACUGGAGUCACUCACCACACGCCCCACCGAGAGCAAGAACCACAUUUUUAGCGACCACGAGGAGGUUACCCCAUGUGACUCAACCCUCCCUAGCAACCGGGCCAAUUUGGUUGCUAAGUCACUCAGCUCGCCCUGGAUUCAAACUCAUGACUCCAGGUGAGAUAGUCAGCGUCAAUACUUGCAAAACUACCCAGGCCCCCUGUGAUUGACAGCACUGACUGUAUUGAUUAUCAAUGUCUGAAAGCAUUCAUGUGGCAUUUAAGCAAAACGCCAUGUAAAUGUACCGACUCAUCAGAGGCGAAUCUCACUCCGAGAUCAAAGACUGAUGAUUUUGCACUACAAAAGCAAGUGUGGCCACAAUCACAGCAUGUGCAUUUAGUGUCUCAUCUGUUUGUCAUCAGUUUAGCUCGUUCUCUUUCGCUCCUCGUCAUUAGCGUGCGUUCCUUUAAGUGUAUUAAGACAGCUCUAAUUGGCGGGAUAAUUGUGCUCUAAUGGCUGAGCAUAUUUCUCUCUGGAAACGUCGUGCAGUCUUCGCCUGAAGGCCGCCGUCAGGCCGGAAACACAAUGGCAGGAUGAUGCCAUCGGCGCCCGCCUCAUUAUCAUUAGAGCAUCUCCUAAAUGAGUGUGCAUUAAUCAUGUAAUGACUUAUUUACAUAUUCAAUCGCAGUAAAAAGGAGACACUUCUGGAAGCUCACUGCCAAAUGACUUGUGGUGCAUGUAUAAGAUUGUGAUAUAAGUAGUCUCUAGUCUCCGUUGAAGGUCUUGCUGGCCUACUUCUAUCACAGUCUAAUUGCAACCUCACCGGUUGCCAUGGUGUUGCUACGGUGCUGUGACUGUUUUUUAGCACAUUGCCGGUUGGUUACUAGGGUGACCUGGUUGGUUGCUAGUAGGGCUGCAGCUAAUGAUUAUUUAGAAUAUAAAUUAAAGGAAUAUUCCGGGUUCAUUGUAUCGUCAUGGCAACGGAGUUGUAACACACAUUUGUGCGUUUAUAAAGAAAUGUAGAAAAUAAGAGUUGUGGGUCGUGACUUGGGUUGUGUUAUUUUAUUUUUCAAAUAACUUAAUCCUUUUCUUUUUACCACUGUAUCAUGAAUAAUAAUAAUGCAGAAUAACACACUGUAUAAGAACAAUAAUAUUCUGCAUUUAUACUGACUAUAUAUAUAUCAUUUAAACUGUAAAAUAUUUAUACAUAUAUGUGAGUAUUUCUUAAACUGUCUUGAAGUAUUGCUCAAGUAAUUUGUGUGUGUGUGUGUGUGAGAGUGUGUGUAUCAGUGUAUGUGUGUGUGUGUGAGUGUGUGUGUGUAUCAGUGUAUGUGUGUGUGUGUAUCAGUGUAUGUGUGUGUGUAUCAGUGUGUGUGUGUAUCAGUGUGUGUGUGCGUGUGUGUAUAUCUCAGUGUGUGUGUGUGUGUGCGUGUGUGUAUAUCUCAGUGUGUGUGUGUGUGUAUCAGUGUGUGUGUGUAUAUCUCAGUGUGUAUGUGUGUAUCAGUGUGUGUGUGUGCGUGGGUGUAUAUCUCAGUGUGUGUGUGUGUGUAUCAGUGUGUGCGCGUGUGUGUAUAUCUCAGUGUGUGUGUGUAUCAGUGUGUGUGUGUGUGCGUGUAUGUAUAUCUCAGUGUGUGUGUGUAUCAGUGUGUGUGUGUGUGUACGUGUGUGUAUAUCUCAGUGUGUGUGUGUGUGUGUAUAUAUCUCAGUGUGUGCGUGUGUGUGUGUGCGUGUGUAUAUCUCAGUGUGUAUCAGUGUGUGUAUCAGUGUAUCAGUGUGUGUGUGUGUGUCUGUAUAUCUCAGUGUGUGUGUGUGUAUCAGUGUUUGUGUGUGUGUGUGUGUGUCUGUAUAUCUCAGUGUGUGUGUGUGUGUAUCAGUGUGUGUGUGCGUGUGUGUAUAUCUCAGUGUGUGUGUGUGUGUGUGUGUGUGUGUCUGUAUAUCUCAGUGUGUGUGUGUGUGUAUCAGUGUGUGUGUGCGUGUGUGUAUAUCUCAGUGUGUGUGUGUGUAUCAGUGUGCGUGUGUGCAUAUCUCAGUGUGUGUGUGAGUAUAUAUCUCAGUGUGUGUGUGUGUGUGUGUGCGUGUGUGUAUAUCUCAGUGUGUGUGUGUGUAUAUAUCUCAGUGUGUGUGUGUGUGUAUGUGCGUGUGUGUAUAUCUCAGUGUGUGUAUGAGUAUAUAUCUCAGUGUGUGUGUGUGUGUGUGUGUGUGCAUAUCUCAGUGUGUGUGUGAGUAUAUAUCUCAGUGUGUGUGUGUGUGUGUGUGUAUAUCUCAGUGUGUGUGUGUGUGUAUCAGUGUGUGUGUGUGUUUGGAUCAGG